GAGGAGCUUACACUCCGUUGCGGGUUUUCGUAAUUUUUUUAAUUCGCAUUUCUUACCCAUACUGGGGUCUGGGGUGCUUCUUGGGUGCUAGUAGGGUAGGGUGGGGAGUAGGAAAUAGAAAUGACGGAGCAGGCGGGCCGCGCUCAAGUAUGAGCACCAGUAUCUUCUAAGAAAUUGCUGUAUUGAGUAUGGAUAUGGGUAAUCAACAUGCUUCAGUCACAGCUCUUCAAGAAAUACAGAAGAAGGUCAAAGAGAUUGAACAACAAGUGGUGACAUUUAGUGGUCUAAAGAGUGACCCAACUUAUAAAAAGCUUGAAAAAGAUUUAACUAAACAGUUAUUUGAAAUAGAAUCUAUUGAGACAGAGGGAAAAGGAAACAUUCUACAAGCCCAAAAGAAAGCUACUGAAGAGACAGAAAGAGUUUUAAAGGAACUGGAGCAGAAUGCAACCCAUCCUUGCAGACUUGAGAUCGAAAAGAUCUUUAGUGAAACUCAGAGUUUGGUAGCGCUACAUACUACACAAUUUAGUGGGGAAGGUCAGAGAACAGAUGAAUUUGAGGAAGGAAUUCAGAAUAUUUUGAAAAGACUUACUCAAGUAAAAACCGAGGGAAAGAUCCCUCUAAGAAAAGCUAGGUACCGAACUUUAACUAAAGUUCUUGCCAUUCAAGAAAUUUUAGAAAGCUCUUCUAAACAACAAGUACUUUCUCUCCCUCUCUCUGCUGAGGCACAUCCAACAGUUUCUAAAAUUAACUCAAUUAUGUGUGAUGUGAACAAAGCCAGAUGCAGUCUCAUAGCUCUUCUAGCUGGCGUCAAUGACAAUGAAACAUACAGGCAUUUAUCUUGCACUCUUACUGGAUUAAUUGCAAACCUGGAUGCUCUGGAUGUUUCUGGCCACACAGACAUAAGAGAGUAUCGCAAAGAAGUUGUUAAGGAAAUCAACAGUUUGCUGAAAUAUUUGGAUUUAGAGGAUGAAGCUGAGUUGGGAAGUGCUUAUGACUUGGGCCAAAACCAGUCAAUUGUAAAAAUAGAAGAGAUUCGCAAAGAAGCAGCAAAAAUAAAGAACAGUCUUUUAGAAGUGCAGCAGCAUAUGUCUGACAUCUAUAUGGGUACAAAGUCAGAGCUGCAGGGCCUCAUAGCUAGCUUGGAUGAAGUUAGUGUAGGGAGGAAUCCUUGCAUUCGUGAAGCUAGAAGACGAGCUGUAGUUGAGGUCCAAACUGUCAUCACCUACAUUGAUCUAAAAGAAGCUCUCGAAAAGCGCCAGAGUUUACCAGAACACACAGUCUCAGAGCCUCCAUGUUAUAUAGCUGUAUGGACUGUCUUUGGACAUUUAUCUGAACUUCAAAAGGAAGUCCUCUUCUUUGAUGGGAAGAGAGCUGAUAAAAAUUAUAUGAGAUUAGAAGAAUUUAUUACUAAACAAUUGCUGGCUCUUGAUGCCAUUGAUUCACAGGAUGGCCGUACAAAGGCUGCAAGAAAACAAGCUGUGAAGCUUGCAAAUAAUAUCCUUGGAUAUCUUGAUAUGAAAACUGAUGAAUGGGAAUACUAAAAAAAACACUGCUUUCGCUUUGCUUGCACUUUAAAUAUGGCUGUAAAGAUGUCUCAGUUUCAUCCUUGCAUUAUCAUUGCAAGAUAGGGUUUUUACUAAGCCAAUUAUCUGUCAUAAAACAAAGCUUCAGUCAAAAGCUAGCCAGUUUUUGUUUUCAUGUACCAAUGGCGAAAAAUUAUAGAAUGUUUAAUGCUAAAUAUCCCAGUUUGACUUUAUCAAGUGGAACAAUAAGUGGCAUAUUUCUAGUUGUAUCUCUCUUCUCAUUUUUGUGCUGAUUCUUAAAUAAAAGUUCUGUCUUUUUUGA